AUGCUGGGCGGUUUCUCAAGCAAGAACGGUCCUCCAUCAUUUGCUUUCCCCUCUUCACGACCAGCUCCACUAACAACCAAAGAUUGGAAAGACACAUUAAUGGAGGUCAAACGCCUGUAUCUGCAGCGACAGUACAAGCAAUGUGCUGCUCGCUGUGUGGAACUUCUGAAUAAGGCAAAGCCUACGGUCCAUCCUAUCUGCAAGUCUUUCCUGUCCUUCUAUGCCGCAAUCUGCUACGAAUUCUUGGGUCAAGCUGCCCAUCCGUACUCUGUCCACAAGCUCACCCUCCUAAACUCGGCUCUCGAACACUUCAUCCAGUGCGGUGAUGCUCUUCCUGCACCUAUUACCCUUCCCCGACUGUCCAAGACCGAUGACGAUCCAUCUUGUCCAUCAAGCCCAACUUCCCCAGCUACUCCAAUCACAGUGGACGAAUGUCUGGCUUUGUUCCAGUUGCCAAACCAGAUGUCUCCACAGCGAGACUCAGUGAUAGCUGGAAUUUCUCGUCUAAUCGAUGCCUCUCUUCAACAAAUAGAUGAUCCUUUCUUGGACAGUGAUGAGGAUGAUAUUGAGGAACUACUCAAGCUGGCAAUGAUGACGACCAGCACCAGUGAGGGUCAAAUCACCACUACUACAAAUUCUCCAACCUUGCCAAUCACCACCAAACUCACUCGAGACUCCGUGAAGAGAAGAAGUCUCCUGCCCUCACCCCUAAGCAUUAACAAGACAAUUGAUGACAACGCCUCUGACACCACUGUUGUUCCUUCCAAGCCGGCUUCGGGGAAUGGGAACCAAACUCUGUCUAGUUCUAGAGUCCACCCUCCCAGACUUCCUCUGAAAAUCAUACCUACUGCGAAUCUCAAUGCUGGGGAUGAGAGAUCCAGCCCGUCAUCCUCAUCCUUCUCCUGCUUUUCGAGCCCGAUUUCGACUAUUCAGCCCCUUUCUAUCAAUCGUCCUCGUUUCGAAACCCCGCCUACCUCUCCCCUUUCCGAUGGUCUCGGCAAGGGCACACCUAGCAUCGCACUUGAGAACUUGACACCCGUUCACGCAGCCCGAAUCGUACGCUCUAACCGGGGAAUCGCAUUCCUGCGUGAGCAAAUCACAACAAGCAUCCAGGAGAUCCAAACCCAUAUUCGUCGAGUGCAGGAACUUCAAGCAAUUCGCCGAGCUCGCAAGAUGCAGCGCGCGGCAUCUUUUUGGAGCUUCGAUCCUGUUACCGAUUCAGAGAAUUCCGAGAUGGGUUUAGGUCCUGAGUCUACGAUCGAUGAGUUUGGGAAUCUGAUUUUAAAGGAGACUAAAGAACAACGCCUUGUACGUCUGCGAUCUGAGAAAUGGGAGACAGUUGGGCUUCGCUCGCCACGUAGCACAUGGAAGGGUGCACGCUAUUACCAGGAUUUCUGUGCUAUGGUUAUGAAUGAGAUCAAUAUGGAUUCGUGA